AUGAUUCCUCAAACAACAACCUUUCUGGCUUACGCCACGCUUCUCGUGUCCGCCAGCCCUCUCGCCGUUCAACACAGAGCCGUGACAGAGCUCAACGAGGAGGCCACGAAGGAGGCGCACCCUCGCGAUGAUACCGCCACACGCGCCUUUUCCGCCGUUCAGAUCAAGACGGCCGACGGCAAGUGCUUGUUCGUUGACAAGUUGUCCGGAGACUUCCGGGCGAACCUCACCCCGAUCCAGGUAGCCGAGUGUGGCGCGACAGACGGCCAAGGUUGGGACGUCAUCACGGCUGGAAAGCACAAUGACCAGCUUAACUCGAUGCUCAUCGUGAGCACCCUGACGCAAGCUUGCUUCAACUUUGAUCCCCGCCGCGCGGCGGGUAACCAGGUCAACCUCUUCUCCUGCGGCGGACGCGCAGCGGGCGAGGGCCUGGUGACGGACUCUCAGCUCUUCGCCGUAGACAGCGGAGCGGGACCCUCAACCUUCCAGCCCAACAACGAAAAGGGCAAGUGUUUCGCGGUCAAAGGCAAGGUGGUGGACAUUGCGGACUGCAACGCCGACGACAAGGCCCAGUCUUUUGCCUUUGGCGGCAAGCCUGCGGCAGUUGGCGGAGGGAACGGAGGCGGUAAUGGAGCGGAAAACGGCGCUCAGCAGCCUGCGUCAACCACGACCGCGGCGGCCGUCGUGACGGGGAAGCCUGCUGCCGGAUGUGAUGAUAAUGACGAGACUGUCACCAUGACGCUGACGACCACGGUCAAGCCCGGUCAGGGUAACGGCGGCGGCAAUGCCAACGCUCCAGUCGCGACCGCCAAGCCCAGGGCAACAUCCGCUCCCGCGGUAACACAGCCCGCCGCCUCCUCAACCCCAGCUGCCGGAAACGGCCAGCAGGGAAACAUCCCCGCCGCCAAUCCCACCACACCUGUCCCCGUCUCUCGCGCAGGUGGCACUCUUAACCCGACCGCCGCAGCCGAGGCCAAUGCCUUUGACGAUACGGCCACUCGUGCCUUUACCAAGGUAGCUAUCCAGGCGCCCAACGGGCAGUGUCUCUCGGUUGAUCCCACCGCCGGUGACUUCCGUCAGAAUCUCAUCCCUAUCGCCGUGGCGGCUUGUGAUAAGGGUUCACCCAACCAGCAGUUCGACAUCAUUUCCAAGGGAAAGCACAAUGAUGGGAAAGACGGGGCGAUGUUGAUUGUGAGUAGCCUGACCAACGGGUGCGUGAGCACUGAUGGGCGGCGGGCGGACGGGGACACGGUCACGCUGUUCUCGUGCGGUGGUCGCGCCGCGGGCGAGGGGCUUACGAAUACCGGACAGCUGGUCAAGGUUUUCGGGGACAGCUUUUUGUGGUCGCCUGUGAAUGAUGCGGCUACGUGUGUUGUUCCUGGGAAUCGGGGUCGUUUGGUCACGGCUGCUUGUAAGGGGGACAACAGUGAGACGUACAAGAUUGUUGCUUAG